UUCAUCCUAUGAGAGCCGUGGAGUUGUGAUGCUGUGUUUACGUACGUGGUGAGCGAGCAGGUAAACAAACUCACUUCCCAACUGCUGUCGCUUACAAGCACCUUCAAAGGCCUCACAAAUGCGAUGAGCCUAGCUGAAAGCAUCACUGCCAAAAUGGUACGCCAUGCCCCUUCAAAGGUCGUUGGUCAGGUCGAGGUUGGCAUGCAAUACAGCUUGCCUCUGGCUAACAAAUCUGUCGGCUGCUCGUUGAAACCAGGGAGCGAGUCUAGGAGCGUGCAGACUACGGAGGCUGUGGAACAGUUAAGCUCCACUUCAGCAUCAAGGCCUUCAAUUUCUACAUCAACUGCCAAAUGUGACAACUCGAAGCAAGGAUGCCUCUACCGAUGUGAGCUAUGCGACUAUGAGGCUGAUGAACUAUUUCUUCUGGAAGCACAUGCCAGCGCCCAUACUUGCGAGAAGCCAUUUCAUUGCCCUUUAUGCCCUCAGAGCUUUCCACAGAAGCAAAGACUGAAGACCCACCUGCUCACCCACACAGGCAAGACGCCAUUUCAGUGCGCUUCAUGCUUUCGGAGCUUUUCAGUAAAGGCUCACCUGAAAGAGCACCUGCGCACCCAUACAGGCGAGAAGCCAUUUCAUUGUCCUUUAUGCCCUUGGAGCUUUACUCAAAAGUCCACCCUGAAAACCCACCUGCUCACCCACACAGGCGAGACGCCAUAUCAAUGCCCUUCAUGUUCUCAGAGCUUCUCGAGCAAGUAUCACCUGAAAGCCCACCUGCGCAUCCACACAGGCGAGAAGCCAUAUCAAUGCCCUUCAUGCUCUCAACGGUUCUCGCGUAAGUGUUACAUAAAAGCCCAUCUGCGGACCCACACAGGUGAGAAGCCAUAUCAGUGCCCUUCAUGCACUCAGAGCUUCUCGCAAAAGAUACGCCUCAAAGAGCACCUGCACAGCCACAAAGGCGAGAAGCCAUAUCAGUGCCCUUCAUGCUCUCGGGGCUUCUCACAAAAGGGCUACCUGAAAAUCCACCUGCUCACUCACACAGGUGAAAAGCCAUUUGACUGCCCUUCAUGCUCCCAGACAUUCUCACGAAAGACUCACCUGAAACAGCACCUGCAGACUCACACACGUGAGAAGCCAUUUGACUGCCCUUCAUGCUCUCAGAGCUUCUCACGCAAGGCCCACCUGAAAGCCCACCUGCGCACCCACACAGGCGAGAAGCCAUAUCAAUGCCCUUCAUGCUCUCAACGAUUCUCGCGCAAGUGUUACAUGAGAGACCAUCUGCGCACCCACACAGGCGAGAAGCCAUUUCAGUGCCCUUCAUGCUCUCGGAGCUUCUCGCAAAAGACCUCCCUGAAAGAACACCUGCACAGCCACACAGGCGAGAAGCCAUAUCAGUGCCCUUCAUGCUCUCAGAGCUUCUCACAAAGGUGCACCCUCAGGAGACACAUGAGACGAGAAGCCAUUUCAGUGCCCACUCUGCCUUCAGAGAUUCUCGUUGAUGAAUGCCCUGAAGAUACGCCAGUGCAUUCAUACAGGUGACCGGCCAUAAAGUUGCACCGUCUGCUCCAGGUCCUUAUCACUUGAACAGAUUUAAGAGAGCACAGCACCAUGAUACUGUAGGCUAGGUCAACAAUCUCGUUAAACUAGAGUCUGAAUUAAAGAUUUACAUACGUGUAGCAGGUUACAUAGUGUUCUACUGUAUCAGGUAGCACAAGUGUCUCCACAUGCUCCUGAGAGCAAGCUUUAACUCGGACCCAACUCCGAUGGCGCCUAUUCAAAUACAUGUAAAAUACAGAAAUGCUUUUCUGAAAUAACCAGUGGGCCGAUUAAAUUAAAUUUGUUACAUUCGAGAGAAAAACCUAAAUUCUGGUGACUGCUGAAAGCAUAAUUUAGUUUGAAGCCCUGAAUGUUAUAACAGGAAUUUACAAAGAUUGUUCAUCUUUAAAAAAAUUGGAGCAAGAACUAUAAAUUUUUAACUCUGCACCUGGAAUAGAUAUCGUAGCUCUGUAAACUGCAUACGCUAGAUCUUCCAAAGCAGACAAAUUUGAUGUAUCAAUGUAUAUCUUGUUAACUUGUUACACUGUUUACAGGGACUUUGCAAAUGUCCUACUCACUUAUUAGUGGCAUAUUUUAAUGGUUUGUUUUAUACGUAAAUAUUGUCCGCUCUAGGUGUCCUAUUUGGAGCGUUUUACAGAAUUGCGAUAUCAUUUUUCAUUGCUGAGUUACCAGAGUUGUAAACUUGAUGGUUUUGUUUUCUGAAAAUUCGUGAUUUUGAACAAUUGUUAUUAAAAGAUUGAUGGCCUUAAUCAAAAAUUCACUACCAACAGUCACUAGAUUCUGUUUCUUUUAUAUGCAACAAACCUCAUCAGGUUGGGUGCAGUAGUAGUCAAGAAAAACGAUUUCUCCUUUCCCGUGUAUUUAGAUGGGAGCCCCCAAGCUGAAGCUUGUUCUUAAAGGGUCCCUGAAACACUUUUGGUGGGUUACCAUAUUUUCUCUAAAUCUUUUCUCAACACGUUAUGGAACACAGAGCAAAAGGAUUUAUGAGAACUAACCCACAUAAAGCCUUUGUAGCUGAGAAAAAAAUCGAAAUACAGUUAAAGUUGGCAAAAACAGCUAUUUGCUUUGUUAUAUUGUGGCUUUUCAUUAUUUUAAAAAGUAAUUGAUGUUCUUUCGUGUUCCAAAAAUUACUGUUUGCAUGCGCCUGCAAACUGUGUAUAUUCAUUGUAAUAAUUUUACACUACAGAUGUUUGAAUGAUUUGCUCUUCAGGCUCCGUCUUUUUUCUUUUUUUCAGUAUUGACAUUGGUACAUCUGAACUUGUUUUCUUAGACCAAUUCAUGUAUUUGUUGGCUCUUGGUUCUGGUCUACAUGGUUCGUCCUAGAUUCUUUUGAUCUUAUUCUAUCUGCAUCUUUUUUUUUUACACAUGGGUACUUCUUUAGAGGAAUUGAUUGUUCAGUAAGCUAGCUUUCCAGUGUCUGUUUCAUCAGAGCAUGAAAUAAAUGUUUCUUUUGAGUAUUUGUUUAGUGUUUAGUUAGUAUUCAUUGUCUGUUCUUGAUAUUUCAAUAAUUUAUUGACAGCAUGCAAUAUAGGGAUGUUAGCAUUUUAUUGUACCUGGGGCUGCAAAAGAAGUUGAGUGACGGCAGUUGGAAGUUCAAUAUGAGCACAAAAAUAACCUGUUAUAAGUAACAUAGAUGAGUAAUUUAAGGCUCAAGUCGUAUGUCAAGUCCACCAUGCUUAAUUCAUUCCUACAUUUUAUUUUAACUAAUGUACCAGCAUUUCUAUAAGCACUAGUACGACAUAUAUAUUUGUAGAAAUAUUUGUGUAAACAUUACAUGUUGAAUUGGCUGAUAAACCUGCACUGUGUAAUACAUCUGUGUGCAGAAGGCAAGAAAUUGGGCCAAUCCUGUUUUUAGAAAUUUGAAAAGAUUGUUCCUGAACCGCAGUUGUGCCAGUCUCUCAUCAGGAAUUUCCUCACCGACAAAAUUGUGCACAGGACAUGCUUUUAAGAUAAUAAAUACAAGGAUUCACUGUUUCGAUUAAAGGCAUGCAAAUAUUUGAUACGUUAAAGUAGGCACUUUGUCAAUACAACUAUUUUCUAAUAGCCUUCGAGCACUUAAAACACUACGUGUACAGAAAUAAACCUCAAAGUGAAGCAAAAGUAUGAUAAAUGUCACCCCCAUGGGCAUAGUGUAGGCAUAAAAUGUCAGAGUGUGCGUAGUAGAGGGAGUAUACGCUUCUGAGGCAGCUAGACUUUCCUGGCUAUACAGGGAUCAUUUGCACUCUCUGAAGAGCCCUUUGUAUGCGAGUGAUUUCCCCAUUUGUUCCUAGUGCACCGUUUGUGCUUUUAGUAAACUAUGCUACAUAAUGUGUGGUGUAACUACAGGAACUUGCCAAUGGAAUGAACUCCAGGAUGUGUACAUUGUUUUACACAUAUUUUAACAUUAGCUGUGCAUUCUUCAAAAACAGUUUGAAACAUAUUCUACAUUUGUUUCAAUUCUGGCACUAUUCGAUUUGUAUUGCAUUCAGUAUGCAAAAAUUACUUCUAUAUAGGGCGACAAUGUACUUUUAUGUAAUGAAUAAACAUAUUUAAGGCUUU